GGGGCCCAGAAGUCGCAACGGCUGCCCGCGUUUGAGUCAAAACGUUGCGUGAAAGUUAGCCCCCGCAGAGUUGUGUCAUCACGUAUUUGUUGUGUGGCCUUUUUACGUGAAAAUUCACGAGUGUUCAUUAGCACAAACAACACGAAUGAAUGAGCACGUGAAGGGGUAAAAGGCAGACAGUGAACGCGGGCAAUGAACGUGGUGUUGUGAUCGGACCAAAGAGGAGAACAAAGAGGAAUACAAAAAAAAAAAAAACCAAAAUACAACCGUCCAGAGGCGUGAAGAAGACUGUGUGCGGAGUGAGUCAUCUCGUUAACAGACGAUCUUUGACGCCAGCUAAGUAGCUAAAGCUAACAAGCGGACGGAGAAAGAGAGAGAGAGAGAGAGAGAGACCGGGACCGAGACCGGGGCUUGCACGGUCCGUUCCUCGCGCCGGUAUGAUGACAGGUGACAGCAACAUGACCUCCAUAGUCCAGAGAAUAGCUCGCCAGGCCCUCCUCACCUUCAGGAGUCCGCCCCGGGUCGGCGAGGAGCCCGGGAAGUCGUUCCUGGAGACCCGAAGCCAGCUGAAGAGCCUGAUGACGGAGGUGCGCGCGGCGGACCUGAAUCUAGUGCCCCGCAGAGGAGGAGGGUCCUCCGGCCCGGUGCCGGCCCCGUACCACCACGGCGGGCCCCCGGUCACCUACAUGCACAUAUGCGAGACGGACCAGUUCAGCAUGGGGGUGUUCCUGCUGAAAAGCGGCGCCUCGAUCCCGCUGCACGACCACCCCGGGAUGCACGGCGUGCUCAAAGUCCUGUACGGGCAGGUCCGGAUCAGCUGCUUUGACAGGCUGGACCGGCAGGGGGGCACGCCGGCUGCACCGCCGCCCCCCCAGGUGCAGAAGGGCGCCCUGCAGCGGUCCCUGCUCCGGUCCACGGAGGUCUACACGGAGGAGAGCGGCCCGUGCGUGCUGACCCCGGACCGGGACAACCUGCACCAGAUCGACGCGGUGGACGGUCCGACCGCGUUCAUGGACAUCCUGGCCCCCCCGUACGACCCGGACGACGGCAGAGACUGCCACUACUACAAGGUCCUGGCAGAGGCCGAGGUUAGAAACACUGAGCAGCAGAAGGAGAAGGAGGUCUGGCUCGUGGAGAUCUCGCAGCCUCCGGACUUCUGGUGCGGAGGGGAGCCGUACCCGGGCCCGGAGGUCCGCCUCUGAGACCUUGGGACUCACCUGGACCCGCAACAUGGGGCUGGUGUAUAUGCAGCCUGGAAGGGCACGAGGCCGGGACUUUGGACUUGGUUUGACAACACUAGACUGGAUAAAGGGUCUGCACCACAUGAUGAAAUAUGCGAUUUAAACCAAUAUUACUGCACAAUAUGAUGCAUAAUAUGUGAUUUAAAACGAUAUUACUGCACAAUAUGAUGCAUAACAUGUGAUUUAAAAUGAUAUGAUGCAAAAUAUGUGAUUUAAAACAACAUUACUGCAUUAUAUGAUGCAAAAUAUGAGAUUUAAAAUGACAUUACUGCACCAUAUGAUGCAUAAUAUGUGAUUUAAACCAAUAUUACUGCACCAUAUGAUGCAAAAUAUGAGAUUUAAAAUGACAUUACUGCACCAUAUGAUGCAUAAUAUAAGAUUUAAAAUGACAUUACUGCACCAUAUGAUGCAUAAUAUGUGAUUUAAACCAACAUUACUGCAUUAUAUGAUGCAUAAUAUGUGAUUUAAACCAACAUUACUGCAUUAUAUGAUGCAUAAUAUGUGAUUUAAAACAACAUUACUGCAUCAUAUGAUGCAUAAUAUGUGAUUUAAACCAACAUUACUGCAUUAUAUGAUGCAUAUAUGAGAUUUAAAACCAUAUGAUGCAUAAUAUGUGAUUUAAACCAACAUUACUGCAUUAUAUGAUGCAUAAUAUGAGAUUUAAAACCAUAUGAUGCAUAAUAUGUGAUUUAAACCAACAUUACUGCAUUAUAUGAUGCAUAAUAUGAGAUUUAAAACCAUAUGAUGCAUAAUAUGUGAUUUAAAACAACAUUACUGCACCAUACGAUGGAUUUUGUGUGAUUUGAAACGAUGAUAUUUGCGAUAAAUUGACUGAAAACCAGAUAUUUAAGUGAACUCACGUCUGCCUUUUUGAUCACGAUUCUGCUAAAAUACAACAAACUGAAUGUUGAAUUAAAAAGAGGAUUUCUAACAUGUUGUUAUUGACCACAUUGAACAUUUAAUAGAACGUAAAAAGCACCAUUUAAAAGAAGAAAACAGUUACUUUAUUACAUAUUAACCCUUGUGUUGUCCUUUUGAGUCAAAAACAAUUACAAAAAUUUGACAUUUUCGUCCAUUUUUCAGCCUUUUUUUUUGUAGUUUCCACCACCACCACGUUACUAGUUUUAUACUUUUUUGAAAUUAAUGGUCAAUAACCCUCAUUUAUGUAGAAUUAUACCCAAUAUUUGAGUCAAAAAAGCAGGAAUUAUGAAUUAUUUUGACUAAUAGUUAAGAUCAGAGGAACGAAAGUUAUUAGUUGUGUUUUAAAGAGCGUUUUUUUGUGGUAAUUUGGUUAAAAAGAGACUCAGAUUUCAGAUAUAGACGUUUUUUAACCCUUGUCUUCCAAGGUGUGUGUGUGUGUGUGUGUGUGUGUUGUGUGGUGUGUGUGUGUGUGUGUGUGUGUGUGUGUGUGUGUGUGUGUGUGUGUGUGUGUGUGUGUGUGUGUGUGUCCUACCGAGUCUCCCGAAUUAAAUCUGUAGUUUAAAAACUUUGUAGAACUACAUAAAUUUUUUUUCUAUAUGUUGGGAUUAUAAUCUACUUUUUGGGGGAUUUCCAGACCGAGACCGGUCUCCCAACCUGGGUGGACCAGGGCCCCGUGUCCUGACCUGGGUGGACCAAGACCAGUGUCCUGACCCGGCUGGUCCGACCUGGGUGGACCAAGACCAGUGUCCUGACCUGGCUGGCCCGACCCGGGUGGACCGAGACCCUGUGUCCCGACCCGGGUGGACCAAGGCCCCGUGUCCUGACCUGGGUGGGCCAAGACCAGUGUCCUGACCCGGCUGGUCCGACCUGGGGUGGACCGAGACCGGUGUCUUGACCUUGGUGGACCGAGACCGGUCUCCCAACCUGGGUGGACCAGGGCCCCGUAUCCUGACCUGGGUGGACCGAGAUCGGUCUCCCGACCUGGGUGGACCGAGACCGGUGUCUUGACCUUGGUGGACCGAGACCGGUCUCCUAACCUGGGUGGACCGAGACCGGUGUCUUGACCUGGGUGGACCAAGACCAGUGUCUUGACCUAGGUGGACCGAGAUCGGUCUCCCAACCCGGGUGGACCAGGGCCCCGUGUCCUGACCUGGGUGGACCGAGACCGGUCUCCCAACCCGGUGGACCAGGGCCCCGUGUCCUGACCUGGGUGGACCGAGACCGGUCUCCAAACCCGGGUGGACCGAGACCGGUGUCUUGACCUUGGUGGACCGAGACCGGUCUCCCAACCUGGGUGGACCAGGGCCCCGUGUCCUGACCUGGUGGACCGAGACGGUGUCUUGACCUGGGUGGACCAGGGCCCCGUGUCCCGACCUGGGUGGGCCGAGACCACUUCGCUGAGUUGUCUCUGUGGACCACGAAGGGACUCGUCCUUUCUUUUUAAAACCGUCUUCCUGCUUCAGGACUGUGUAAGCCUGCAGGUUUUUGUGUCCUGCUGGGUUGAGGACUCCACAGACUGUAGACCUCGUCCUCUUCUCUUUCCCCGGAAGAAUUUGAUCUUCAGGACUUGUUUGCGAUCCUGUCCCUGACUGACUUUCAGAGAUUAAGUUAUGCACUAAAUUAAAAUUCCUGUUCUUCUUCCACGUUAAGAAAAGAGCGUUUUUCACUAUUUGGUUAAAUAAAUGAAGCAGAAAUGAAAAGUGAGUUUCAGGGUUGGUUCAUAAUGAAGUUGAUGGAAUUAAAGGGGCGCUACGCAGUUUCAGCCAUUUCAUGCUUUUUGCUCAUAGGUUUCUCUAUAUAGCCCCCCCCCCCACAGGUUUCUCUAUAUAGCCCCCCCCCCCCCCACAGGUUUCUCUAUAUAGCUCUAUAUUGAGUCCAGUGAUAUGAAUCUGUACUGACGUGUUUUUGCUUGUAAUGAAGAUUUUUCUGUCCUUUUCAUAUAAAAUGUGCUGUUUA